UCUCGAACAGUCGCCGCCACAACCGCCCUGCCGCACGCCAUCCUCUCCGCGGGCAGCUGCGCUGCGCCUCCCGGUAUAUACAUAUAUAUUUAUAUAUCCGGCUGGUUGACGCGCACGCGCGUGACGCACGCACGCCCGGCGGUGGCCGUCCUCGCCUCCUCCACACACACACACACACACACACACCCCGUCUUGCGUGGUCAGUGCGGGCGGCUCCGGCGCGGCUCCGCUUUGCCCACCUGAGUCCCUCCCCUCAAGCUUCGGGGGAGGGAGGGAACAGCGCGACUUCAUACAACAGCUGGUGCAUCUUCCGUGCAAGGAGUAAGUGUCUGUAGAAGUUUCAAGACAUAGUUUACCUGAUUGGGAACAAAAACAGCAGCACUGGCUGAAGGCAUCUUAAUAUGGGGAACCUUCUUAAAGUUUUGACAUGCACAGACCUUGAACAGGGACCAAACUUUUUCCUGGAUUUUGAAAAUGCUCAACCUACAGAAUCAGAAAAGGAAAUUUACAAUCAAGUAAAUGUAGUGUUAAAGGAUGCAGAAGGAAUCCUGGAAGACUUACAAUCGUACAGAGGAGCUGGACAUGAAAUACGAGAGGCAAUACAGCAUCCCAGCGACGAGAGACUGCAAGAGAAGGCGUGGGGUGCAGUUGUCCCCCUAGUGGGCAAACUAAAGAAAUUCUAUGAAUUUUCUCAGAGGCUAGAAGCUGCUUUACGAGGUCUCCUUGGGGCCCUGACUAGCACGCCAUAUUCUCCUACACAGCAUCUGGAGCGAGAGCAGGCUCUUGCUAAACAGUUUGCAGAAAUCCUUCAUUUCACGCUUCGGUUUGACGAGCUGAAGAUGACAAAUCCUGCAAUUCAGAAUGAUUUCAGUUAUUAUAGAAGAACCUUAAGUCGUAUGAGAAUCAACAAUGUCCCAGCAGAAGGGGAAAAUGAAGUAAACAACGAAUUGGCCAACCGAAUGUCCUUAUUUUACGCUGAAGCGACACCAAUGUUGAAAACCUUAAGUGAUGCCACAACAAAAUUUGUUUCAGAGAACAAGAAUUUACCUAUAGAAAACACCACAGAUUGCUUAAGCACCAUGGCCAGCGUUUGCAGAGUUAUGCUGGAAACCCCGGAAUACAGGAGCAGGUUCACAAACGAGGAGACCGUAUCCUUCUGCCUGAGGGUAAUGGUGGGUGUUAUAAUCCUCUACGACCAUGUGCAUCCAGUGGGUGCUUUUGCAAAAACUUCAAAAAUUGAUAUGAAAGGAUGCAUCAAAGUUCUCAAAGACCAGCCUCCAAACAGCGUAGAAGGCCUUCUAAAUGCUCUCAGGUACACAACAAAACAUUUGAACGAUGAGACUACCUCCAAGCAAAUUAAAUCUAUGUUGCAAUAACAGUUACCUGCAAGGUGUGUUCCUGCUGUAAACAGUAUUCUGCAAUGACUGAGAUGCACAGAUUUUUUUUAAAAAAAGUGAUUGCAACUACUUAUCUUGUUCAGUCUUGCUUUUGACUUUCUUUCCCCGUGUCCUCUCUUCCAUUAAAAAAAAAAAAAUCACGUUCUUGUCCUUGAGUGAGCUGAUAACUUCUUUUUCUGUGCCAAAAUCAAUGAAAUGUAUCAUCUCUGGAAGGUAAAUUUUUUAUUUUUUAUUUUGGUUUUGGUUUUUACUUUUCAGAGUAGCCAUUGUACAUGGCAGCUAAUUCCUGCAUCGCGUUAUAGAUUUCUCCGUAUGAGAGAAAGCUCUGUGACUUGAACUAAAUAUUUUUAAAUGUGGUUUUUGUUUUCCUUUUUUGUUUUUGAAAAAAAAAACUAAUAUUUAAUAUUGCUUCUUGUGCAUGGCAAAACUGCCUAUUACUGCUAUUUAAAAAGAAAAGAAAAGAAAAAAGAAAAAUCCUCAGUGACUUCAUUUUCUAUUUGCAGCUUUUCUUAUGUGCAACCAGGAGGAAAACUUAAAAAAAAAAAAAAAGCAGAUUUGUUUAAAUUAACUGUGUUUGUACAAAUGGUACCCGACACAAAGAUUUUUUUUUUUAAAAAAAGAAAGAAACUAGUAAAAACCGUUCGUUUUUUUUGUUUUUUUUAAAAAAAAGGUUAAGUUUGCAUUUCGACUCAUUUUUGUAAGGAUGUACGUUGUAUGUUUAAUAACUAAUGUUUUUCAAAAAAAAAAUUGGUGUGUGCGUAGCCAAAUUACGUAUGCAUGUUUGUGUCAAAGGAUUGGCUGUGGAAACAACAAUAAAAGUCAGCUUUCAUUUUU